GUAAUAGCCAUUCCGUCCGUUAAGCGCCGAAUAGGGAUUCCAUCUGCGUUUCUUUCCUAUUUUCCAUUUUUUGCCCUCGGCAUCUUCUCCUACGUUUCCUUCUUCUCCUACGUUUCUUUCUUUUCCAAAUCUUCUCCUAGAAUUUCUAAAUGGCGGAUUAAAUCGCAUUGUUGUUGUUGAAUUAAUCUUUACGGUGAGUCCUGUCUGGUUUGUUUCUUUCAGUCUUUCUUUCUCUCUCUCUCUGCCGCUCUUCGUCUUCUACGACGUAAGAUUUUCGUCAACGGCCUUGCAUUAUCGGUGUUCAUUUUACUUUUUAAUCUCCAUCAUCUGCUAUUCAACUUUCUAAUCUUCAUUUCUAACUUUCUAAUCUCCAUCGUCUGCUAUUCAACUUAUGUUUCUUUUUUCAAGUACCCAACUUUUAUUUUUGCUUAACGAAGCCCUAAGAGUGUUUUUGUUUUUGCUUUUUUUUUUCAGGCAUUGAAUUGAAGGGAUUCAAUCUGUCAAUUUUAGUUUUUGGUGAAAAUUAAAAUAUGGGGUCAUCAUCAGUAAUAACCCCAGAAGAUGUGUUGGAGCCAUUGAUGAAUGAUGGAACCAUUGAUGCUUUCAGGUUGAAGAUUAUAAAUCAGCUAAAAGCCAAUGAGGAGCUGAAGAACACAACGAUCAAAAUGGCAGAGCAGAGUAAGGUCCUAAACACGUCUGGUGCGGAGAAACAGACCAAAAGAGAAUUGUUUGAUGCACUUAGCUCAUGGUGAUAAUUUUGCUGCAAGUGAAAUGAAAUGAAAAUCGGAAGGUGUAGUUAUUGAGGAAAGAGCAAAUGAAAUGAAAAUCGAAGACUUGAAAGGCAAGCUGCAAGUGAUGAAACAUAUUGGACAAGAUGAUGCAGCUGUACAGAAGAAGAUGGAAGAGAUGAAUAAUGAGUUGCAAGAGAAGAUUUAUGAUCUGCAAGAUCUGGAAUCAACAAACAAAGCUCUUAUAUACAAAGAGCAUCAAAGCAAUGAUGAGCUACAUGAAGCAAGGAAAGUGCUAAUUCAGGGUUUGCCAGAAUUGUUGGGUAUUCGCACAAAUAUUGGAUUAAAGAGAAUGAGAGAGCUUGAUCCAAAGACUUUUCAUGACACUUGUAAGUCGCGAUUUCCUCCUGAUGAAGCAGAAAUUCAGGCCACUACUCUAUACUCAUCAUGGCAGGAGAAUUUGAAGAAUCCAGAUUGGCAUCCAAUUUCCAGGAGAAACUAACAAAUCUAAAGCUGGAAUGGGGUGAAGAGAUUUAUAAUGCAGUGGUAACAGCUUUGAAAGAACUCUUUUGUAUUAACUUAUUGUAAUAUGCUUGUAGUUGAAGUUUCUUAUAGUGAACAUCAUGUUGUUUAUUCGGCAGAAGUUUCAAAGAUUUUAGUUUUAGGAGAAAGUUUAUGUACUGUGGUUAUUAGAUUGGGUUUUCAAAUAUGAUUAUGUUAACAUUUUGAUCAAACA